AUGCAGCACGUACCAGACGUAGUAGCUCGAGCUACCAUAUUGGUUCUCGAGAUGACCCCCAAAGCUGUGCACGCUCUUAAGCGAUACUUACAAGCUAUAUCGUGGGAUGACUGGCCUGCCCAUAUCCGACCAAAUUUUCGUGACUGGAUGAAAGAUAUCCUAGCUAAAAUUUUCCAAACAAGAACUGGAGGCAUUAUGCUUGUAGAUCUGUUAAUAAUCAAUCGUGGUUCUUGGCUACGUAAACAAGGUUGCGCAUUGGCUUUAAGCGCUCAUGCCGGACAUAGUACUCAGCAGUACCUGAAUUGCGUUAUCGUACUAUUGGCCACUCUUGAUGAGACCGAUCGACAAGAAAGUUUGGUUACAGUUUGCAAACAUCUUAGUCGUGGAGAUGCUCAUGUCCAACUUCACUUUUCGGACAAAACGCAAGGUGAAAAAGAUCGAUCUCAUCGAGAGUACCAAGCUUGGCGUGAUGCCAUUUGUAAGCGUAUUGAAUAUACUUCCGGUCUCUUAAACUUGGGUAGCGAUGCGCUUGCUGUUCCGGCCACGGAAGUAGACCGCUGUCUUAAAGGGCUUUUGAAAGGCACUACUGUUAUAACCAGGGAUACCCUCUUACUCAUUAAGAAACGCUUAACAAACUCAGCAUUGGAUAUCCACUUUUCGAAAGAUGAUCUGCAAUGA